AUGGAUAAACAAAAAAUAUCUAUAGAUUCGAAUUUAUUGUUGAAUGAUGUCCAAAGAUUAGCUUUGAAUGAGCUUUUAACGAAUGAUAAGAUUACUAUUAUAUCAUGGACACCAGAACAACAAGAGGAGGCAAACGAAUUUCUACGGUCUCAUAUGCUUUUGGAUUUAAUAGUUUCUAACGCGAAUUUAACGAAUUCAACGAAUUCGAAAUGGGUCAUAAGUUAUAAAUAUAACGAUGAUACUAAUAUACGGAAAAUUUUAUGUCAAUGUAGUUGUGGUAUUUUUACCCAAAAUUCUAAUGUUAAAAAUACAGGCAUAAGCGAACAUAAUUUUGAAUUUUUUGGGUGUUUGGCCUUUGCGGAAAUUACAAUUAAUGAAUCAACGAACCAUUACGGAAAAAUUAUGGGAUAUUUUGAACAUGUGAAUGAGUGCGUUCAAUCAGAUAAAACUAUUCCACAAGUAGCCGAGCCUUUAGAAAUUAUAGAUACACCAAAGAAUCCGUCGUUACCGGUUAUGUCACAAGAUGAGUCGCACGUUUCUGAUUCAUCUAUUUUACAACUUCAUCCUAUGGUUAAAGAGAUUACGUCAGAUUUAUUAAAAUCAUAUGUGCCUACAAAAUGGGUGAUGAAGGACAAUCAAAAAUUUGUUCAAAAUAACUGUAAUGGAUUAGUUAUUUUGGAUGAUUAUAGGUUGUUGAUUAGUCCAUCAGAUAUAUUGAGUAUCAUGGGUGAGAUACCAAAAAUAAAGUUAAACAUUAAUAUGCGACAACCAGUAGAUUCUAGUUUAUUAGACAUAUUUUUUUUAAAAGGGGAUAGUGAUUCAUUGAUACGAAACUCAUGUUUUCAUUAUCAACCCAGAACUCAAGAACAUGAUAGACUUGAAAUUGGACUUUCAACACUAGAGCAAAGAGAAUUUGCGUGGACUUAUGGUCAUCAAAAUCUUUUGAUAUUUGAUGGAACGUUCACUAUUUGUGAUAAUAGAAUACUUUUAUUCGCAUUAUUGGUACUUGAUGAGGAUCAUCAUAGUAUUCCUGUGGCAUAUUUCUUAUUUUCUUUACCCAAUUCAACAAAAUCAUCCUCCGAUGGUGGUUAUGAUUAUCGAAUAUUGAGCACAUUAUUACAGAAGUUUGUUGAUGUAUUGGGUGAAAAAAAUUCAGCGAAAUUUUUCCCAAAGAUAGUUAUGACGGACACAAAUUAUCGAGAACAGCAAGCAGUGCAUCAAGUUUGGUCAGGUGCUGCAGUGAUUUAUAAUUUCUUUCAUGUAAAUAAAGAGUGGAAUAAGAUAUUAAAGCAAUCUCUCGGUGCCAAUGGUCCUCAGCAAAUCGUUACUUAUAGAAAAGAAAUGAAAUCUUAUAUGAGAAGCGUGAUUCAUCAAAUAAACACUAUGAAUGAUACUAAUCAUAUUAAAGUAACUGUUCUAAAUGCACAAAAAG